AUGAGCCAGCCCGAAGGAAGACCCAUCGUCAUCAUCGGCGCAGGCAUCAUCGGCCUCACCACCGCCGUUUGUCUCCUCGAGUCGCAGUCAUACCAGCGACAACCACGCCCAAUUCAUAUCCUCGCAGACCAUCUCCCGAAUGACCCUAUCGAUGCCAAGUAUGCUUCGACCAUUGCUGGGGCACAUCAUCUCAGCUUUGCUGAUGACGGCGAUCGGAGACAGAGAAGGUGGGAUAUGACCACCUUCAGAACCAUGUAUGAAGAAUGGAGGCAGUAUGGUGAAGCCUCAGGAUUGAUGGCGCUUACGCAGAACGAAUUCUUUGUUCGGCACAAGAAACAUCUCAAGAUAUACGAGGAGCAUCCUGACUUCGCUGUUGUAGCAAAAGAUCGAUUGCCAGCAGGCGUUGAUCACGGCGUCACCUUCACAUCCCUCACCAUCACCCCGAUCACAUAUCUAAACCGCCUCUUGGAUCGUAUAUCUACUCUAACGAGGGGCCAAGUCAAGAUCCACCGCCAUCACCUUCCCUCUCUCGAUUUCAUAUGCCAUCCAUCCACCACCGCCCUCAUCGGGCUUUUACCCCCUCACACACUGUUUGUCUGCGUCGGUCUUGGAGCAAUCACCCUCGGCGGGGUCAAAGACGAGACAGUCUAUCCCACCCGAGGUCAGAUCGUCAAGAUCAAAGCCCCUUGGAUCCGUUCUGGGUUUACUUGUCAAGUCGGGAAUCUUGCAGGUGGAGAGGGAGGGGAGCGGACGUAUGUCAUACCGAGGGCGAAUGGUGAGGUCAUCUUGGGCGGGACGAGGGAAGAAGGAGAUUGGGAACCAUAUCCGAGAGAGGUUACGAAGAAGGACAUUCUUCGGAGAGCUUUCAAACUUUGUCCGGAGCUUGCCCCGCCGCAUCUACGAGGAAAGCCUCAGCAUAACUCUUCCGAGUACCUCCCACUAGAAGAUCUCGUGCUCGACCAUCUCGUCGGUUUCAGGCCCUCGAGGAAUGGCGGGCCACGACUUGAGCAAGAGCCUGUUGAUUUCUAUAUAGGAGGGAGAUUCGUGGACGUGAUCUAUAAUUACGGGCAUGGCGGUGCUGGGUACCAGAGCUCUUGGGGGUGUGCCGAGGAGGCAGUGCAUAUAUUUGAAAAGGCGUGGGGGUAUCUUUAG